UGAACAAUCGCACGCACAUAUAAUAAUGGAUGAUCGGGUCAAGCUGUUGCCAAUCUCGACCAAGGACUUGGAGAUUAGUGUUGCCUCGCGCUGUAGAAUCUCAGUCGGCUUACUGCUGCAUUUUGGUUGCUCUUUCAUGAUUGUCUUAACAAUUUUUACCCUGCUGAAGACCAUCAUAGUGGAUUAUGAGAGAUCUACGAUUACGCAUUGCCACGUACUGCACAUUGUGCCAAGCGCGUCGGCGGUCAUUCAGUUCAAUCAAUCAAGCUGGAAGCUCUUGACCUGGUCUCAUCUACCACUGCGUCUGCUCAUCGCAUGGCUAUAUUGGCGCUAUCAGCAACGCGUGCUAUCCCGACGCUCAGGCCUGCUGAUCUACCUCUUUGUGCUCUGUUUCGUUCUGAAUAUAGUCUCUAAUAUUGUCAUUGCGGAGUUCGGAGAUACACCGGGUACCAAUUGGAUUCAUGUGGUGCUAACGCUUAGCAUUUGGAUAACUAGCUGCUGCUUCAUGGCCACCAUGGUUUAUUGUCUGGCUUACAGCCAGAAUACGGAACCCCACCGUCGUCUCUCAUAUCUUCUUAAGCGUAAACUGUUCUUCUUCCACUUAUCAGCCAGUGUCGUCAUUUGGCCAUUGUAUUUCUUGCAUGUGGAAUUCUGUGUGCCUUUGGUAUAUUCCCUUUUCGCGAUAUGUGAACACAUAUUGAUGUUCACUAAUAUGGCCUAUGUGUGGACAUCAAGCCUCGACUUCCAUAACUUAUAUAUAUGUCACAGCAGACGAAAUGGAUUCUAUAUGAGGAACAUCUGAGACUGGGUCUUAAAAU